AGGCGGGGAAGAGGAGGAGCUGUCUAGCGCAUGCGUGAUAUGUGUGGCUGGGGGAUUCAUGUGGAGGUCAGAGUGGAAGCAGGUGUGAGUGGGUCCAGCAGAAGGAGACAUGGCUGCCAAAGUGUUUGAGUCCAUUGGCAAGUUCGGCCUGGCCUUAGCCGUCGCGGGAGGCGUGGUGAACUCCGCCUUGUAUAAUGUGGAUGCUGGGCACAGAGCUGUCAUCUUUGACCGGUUCCGUGGAGUACAGGACAUCGUGGUAGGGGAAGGGACACACUUUCUCAUCCCUUGGGUACAGAAACCAAUUAUCUUUGACUGCCGCUCUCGACCACGUAACGUGCCAGUGAUCACUGGUAGCAAAGAUUUGCAGAAUGUCAACAUCACCCUGCGGAUCCUCUUCCGUCCAGUUGCUAGCCAGCUUCCCCGCAUCUUCACCAGCAUUGGGGAGGACUACGACGAGCGCGUGCUGCCGUCCAUCACUACAGAGAUCCUCAAGUCAGUGGUGGCUCGCUUUGACGCUGGAGAACUCAUCACCCAGAGAGAGCUGGUCUCCAGACAGGUGAGCGACGACCUUACAGAGCGAGCUGCAACCUUUGGGCUCAUCCUGGAUGACGUGUCCUUGACUCAUCUGACCUUCGGGAAGGAGUUCACAGAAGCGGUAGAAGCCAAACAGGUGGCCCAGCAGGAAGCGGAGAGGGCCAGAUUUGUGGUGGAAAAGGCUGAGCAGCAGAAGAAGGCGGCCAUCAUCUCUGCUGAGGGCGACUCCAAGGCGGCCGAGCUGAUCGCCAACUCGCUCGCCACUGCAGGCGACGGCCUGAUCGAGCUGCGCAAGCUGGAAGCCGCAGAGGACAUCGCGUACCAGCUUUCCCGCUCCCGGAACAUCACGUACCUGCCGGCCGGGCAGUCAGUGCUCCUCCAGCUGCCCCAGUGAGGCCCGCGCCGCCUGCACCUCCUCGGGCCGCGUGGGCCACGGCCGCGAGGAUUCUUAACGUCGCCUUCCUUCUGCCUCCCCCCCAGAAUCACUGUGACAUUUCAUGAUUGGCUUCAAGUGAAGGAAAUAAAAGCAAAAUCACUUCAGAUCACUGAUUACUCUUAUCAGAUGAAA